CGUCAUAACCUGUGUGAUAUUUUGUCAUUUCCUUGUGCACUGAACACAAAUACGGUUUCCAUUCUAUAUCAACAUAGGAAAUCAAAAUAACACGAUGGGGAGUAAACUAGAUGAUGCAUUAUUUAACCUCAAGUUUAAUACAAAGCAAAUGGAAAGAUUUGCAAGUAAAGCAGAAAAGGAACAUGUCAAAGAAAAGGCAAAGGUGAAAAAGGCGAUUGCACAGAAGAAUGUAGAGGCUGCAAAGAUUUAUGCUGAGAAUGCUAUAAGGAAGCGUAACGAGGGCCUGACGUAUCUGAGGAUGGCUGCCAGGCUAGACGCUGUGGCUAGUCGCGUACAAACAGCUGUAUCUAUGAAAAGUAUGGUGAAAGGCAUUGAAGGUGUAUCAAAAUCCCUGGAAAAGGCUAUGUCUUCUAUGAAUUUAGGCGAGGUUGAUAAGGUGAUGCAGAAGUUUGAGCGACAAUUUGAAGAUCUUGAUGUGCAGACAUCAACACUAGAAAACACAAUGAGCGAUGCCACAACGCUGUCAGCACCUACAGAACAGGUGGACGACCUUAUAAAACAGGUUGCUGAGGAGAGUGGUCUUGAGAUGAUGGACCAGUUAAGUGACCUCAGUGUGGCCAAAGACUCUGUCAAGGUCAAGGAUAAGGAACACGCACGGGAGGAUGACCUUAGUCGCAGAUUACAAGCAUUACGGAAUUGAGGAUUAUCUAUUUAUGUUGGUGGAACAAAUGUAAUCUACGCUGUCUGAGAGAGAAUGUUUCCCCUCUGUAACCCCUGACCAGAGAAGUUGCGAGCUUGAGAAACAAUAAAUGUACUGAGUGAAUAUUAUUGAUGUGGAAGUCAUUGUUGUGAAAUGACCAUAGCUGGUUCAAUAAUGAAGGCAAUAGACUCUUAAAGAGUUGUUUUUAACUAAAUAUGGAGGCUGAUCGCCAUGAAUAGAUCACCCAGUCCGUGUUAACGAAAUAGAAAAGUGCCUCAACUAAAAUUUCUCAGUGCUAUUUUCAACUCUUUUAUUUCAAACACUCUGUUUAAGUCAUUAUUGACCCCUUAAGAGUUUAUUUCUAUAAUUACAAAUCUCAUAUAUCAAUAAACAACUUUUCAGUGGAAUGAGGCUAGGUCAUCCCCUGUAAGUUAAGGGAGAUAACCCACCUAAAUUUUGAACAUUUUCUUUAUUGAUUAAGGAAGAGGUCCCAGUGCUGUGUUGUUUCUUCAAGAUUUAUCUGACUUGGAAUUACUAGCUCAUUUACUUAAACAAAAUUAUACGUGUGUAUGAAAGAAAAGAAAAAAGUAUUUAAAUAUCCCGCCACAGGGAUUUGAUCUCCGGAUUGUCCGACAUCUUAGUUAUAAAGCAUAUAAAGCAGGGAGCUUAUCUGCUGUGCUGAUGGUCUUGCUACUUGUUACGUUAGAACAAUGUACGUUUGCUACUUGUUACUUUAGAACAAUGUACGUUUGCUACUUGUUAUGUUAAACAAUGUUUUUUCUGCACCAUCACUGGUAAUAAUUAAUAAAUGUUUAACCGCCUACUAAAGGCCUGCAACCUAUAAAUGUUUUCACAAAUAAUCUGUUCAUAACAUACAUGGCUAGUAUACAGCAGACAAGUAGUGGGACUCUCUACCUUAAAUAAUUAAACACCUCAAAGUCACCUGACCAGGGAGUCACAAUGCCAAUUUUAUAUAAUUGAAAUAUUACUCUUAAAAAUAUGUACGGUAUGAGAAGGAUACUCACAAGUAUGGUUAUCAUAAUUAUGUAAGUGGAGAGACUGUUAUUCCUUGUUAAUUUAAAACUUGAGAAAGCUAGGUCUUGUCCAAUCAGGAAAGGUGAGAGUACAUUUAAUAUGUGACAGCUUGAUGUAAAUGGCUGGAUUGUAUGUAAAUGGCUGGAUUGUAUGUAAAUGUGGGUGAUGAUAGAUAGAUUGCGAGAGUUUACAUUCAUUAACUAGUUGUAUGUAUGUGAACUUAACUCUAUUAAUUACUGAUCAUGAAAUUUUAAUUCUGUGUUUUAUAUAUCAGUGAGCCAUGCAAAGUGCUGUUGGAUGUGUGCAAAUUAGAAACAUGUGCAGGUGGGAGAAAUGAUAUAUAUUUUCAACUUAACGAUAUUCCAUAUACUAAGUAUAUAUUCAUAUGGAAUUGGUUGAAUGUUUUUGUGAUAUUAAAAACUUAAUUGUGUUCCAUGCGAAUUUAAUAUUAUUCCUUUCUGUCCUGAUUUUUAUUUUCAUUUGAAAGCUAUAUGACACUGUUGUAGUGUACUAGUUUGAUAACAGCAAGGUCUUAGGUCCCUAUUCUGCUGAUUGAGGGAUAUUAUUGUCUUUACAGCAAGAAAUUUUCCUCAUGUUGCUUAACUCCACCCACCUAGAACAGAGUUUAAUAUUACGUAAUAAUAUGGCACUAUAAAUCACCUGUUUGAAAUACAGUCAAGUAGCAAACAGAUCACCAAAUAAACGUCCACACA